UUUUUUUUUUGUAUCCAUUAUUUUGUCCAUCGUUAUAGUAUUACAUUUGUGACGAGCAAUGAAAGCCGGGAGGGAAUGUUGCCCUCGUAACGUCCGCGCAGCGAACGCGCCACGACGGUCGCCCGCUCUCGUCACCCUCUCGUCUCUCCCCGCAUCGCGCCCGCAACGGUUGCUCCCAUCUCAGAGGAAAUUCACGGUCUGCAUCGCUUCUCGUAUCCAUUUUGUGCCAACAAUGCCGCUCCUCGACAAAGCUCGUGUUGGCCCGACAAUUUGGCGUCGUCGCUUCAUCGUAUAUUCGGUGGUAGGAAGUAACCAAGUACAAAUACAAGUGGAUUUUUCAGCUUUCUAUACGGCGUGACUUUUUCUUUUGACUUCCAACAUUUGAAUCGGAAUGGUCUUCUCCUUCCUUUGUCCAAAUGGGCUCGUGACUUAUUUUCAGCUCCCACAGCUGACGUAAGUCGAGCGCUGUUGGCGUCCGUCGCAUCCAGGCGAGGCGUAGUUUUCCAUUUGUUGUUGUUCGCGCACGAGAGCCUGAGGCAACGCCAGCCAGCGUUUUUCUUCGCAAGGAAAUGAUCACGUGCGUUUUGUUUUCAGCGUGAUGCCGUUCCACGUGCGGCCUUUUUCAUUUCCUGUGCAUUUUCCCCGCAAACGAAAACCUGCCAAAAAAUAUGUGUGCUUUUUACUUUGGUAUGCAGGUACAUUUCACAAUCUCUAACUUAGUUUUUUUGUUUCCCUUUUUCUUCUACUUUUGCCAGCCUGAUUUCUUUUCAUUUUUAAAUCGAGGUUGUGGGCACCUCGGACCGAAUGUGCAUACCAAUUCCUUUUUCAGUUUAUUGUCUUGCGGCUUUUCCGGUGUCUCGGUGGGCGCCGCCCUUGUUGCGCGAUGUCAGUCUUAUUACUGCACAGUACAUCAAAUUUCCCAUUUCCUCGUCAGAAUGUCGUCCGUUUUACGACUUGGCGGUUUUCCGGAAUGCAGCACAAGCAGCCGUGUUCGGCCUCUCCGAGCCGGCGAGUCUCGGCGCGCUGAUCCGCCGACGAAACAAAGGAAAAUGGACAGGGGCAAGCGUUUUUGUCGUCGUGUUGCCAAAAGACACUUUACAGAACAGUUGCGUCACCCAGUCCAAAUCUAGCAAACACGGAAAAUCAUCGUUCAAAGCAAUACUGCUCUUCCAAAAAAAAAUGCCCUCAAGUGGAAGAAAUCUUCAAAUUAAAAGGACAAACUUAUCUUUGCAGAUGCUAGAGGGGGGGAAAAGCAGCACGCCAAUUUGAAUCGCAACCACGGCAGAAGUUUGAAGGUGCCGAGGUCCCGGCCAGGCAAGAUCGAUUCGCGCAAUUUAUAUGAAAGAGAAGCAUAACACCUUUGGGGGAAAGUUUGUGACUAGAGCGUCAAAUCCGAUUGAAGGUUAUUUAAAUGUUGAGCCAGAGCAAAAAGAGCAUUGAUAAAACAAAUCUACUGGAACCGCGUGUGUUUUUUUCCCUGCCAAAUGGCACCUUCGAUCUGUGCCUGGCUUUACUUCUGCCGUGUGGGGAUGAAGAUGAGACGAGAGAUGAGCGUUUGACUUUUUCGUUGAGUUGCUAGCACCUUGUGCUCGACUGGUGGGCAAACGUAUUGGAACGUGUGUCUGACAGGUGUGUUUCGCUGCCCAGGUGUGCGUGUCGCCCCCAACAAACAGCAUUUCGUGUCCACGCUCAGUUUCAGAUUGUGCUUUUGCCUGUGAUUUAUGCUUGCUAGCCGUGUAACCGACAUGAAAACCAGCAAGCCGUGUGUGGGGGAAAAAUAAGGAAUUGCGACGCUGAGAGACGAUGGAAAGUCAAAUCAAAACACCCCAAACACCGGCCGUCGUGUGGGAUGUCCUGAAGAAGAAAUAAUCCACGGAUUUACUUGGUAACAGAUGAAGGAAAACAGCAGUUGAUGACAGAAACGUCGCGAGAGCCCGAAACAUCCAUGAGCCCCACCGCACACCGAGCGACGCGGCCAAAACGCCACCUAAGUGGACCAUCGCCACAAAAUGACAGUUGGCGACUCGCGAUGUGCACCGACUGACGUGUUGCAAUGCGAACGUUGCCGUACACCUCCGAGCGGCAUCUCCGGGAGGCGAGCCUUACAUCCUCAAGCGAGAUCCAAACAGAAACUAUCAAAUUACAAGUCGGAUGGCUGCGAAACGAGGCGAGUGUGGUGAAGGACCCGAGUGCAAAACACCGAACCGCCAGAAAAGUUGCAACGGAUUUUGAUCAUUCAUUCAAGAUCAAGUGCGAGCCAGGACGCAGUGCACUUUAACGUCACGGUCGAGAGGGUCAGGCUUUGAAGAUAGCUCUGUCUCGGCCGAGGUGAUGCAAUGUUACGCGAUCCGCAGACGGCAGGUCGGGAAAUGCUCGGAUUUCACCGUUGUCUUAAUUCACCGUUCACGGAGAACAGUAACGGGGAAAGUCGCACCUUGCUGUCCUUGUCGCAGAAUCCCCCAAGAGCCACGGAGCCAGAAACUGGCGAACGGCUCAGAUACGGCCGAACUCCCAUUACGUCGCGUUUCUGCGUCUUGCGCGUUUAAUGUCCGACACGCUGACCCUGAUUGCGUCAUCGACGAGGCUUUAAAUGGCUGACGGAUCGUCCGUCUGUCGUGGCAGAGCAGACCGUGACAGGAUGAGAGCAUUAUUAAGGUGAUAUUGAAGCGCUAAUGGUGAAAAGGUAUACGAGUGGCAAACGUUCAAAAUAGGCUUCUAGCCGUUUUUGGCUUGCGUGGCCGUAUCGUGGCUAUAGGAGUCGCGUCUUUUGGGUUUGAGAUUGUUUUCUUAUGAAUUCACAUUCGACCGGAUGCCAUAAUGACGCAAACGGAGGCUAAAUGCCGCUGUCUGCGCAUUUUCCUCUGGGAUCCUAACUCUACUUUUUAGGUUCAAGUCCUUCAAUUUGUAUCUGUAAAUUAGUUGAGUCUUUCUGCAACAAGACAUAAACAUUUGGUUCGUGACCAAAAAAAAACACAACACAGGAGUUGUUUUACUAUGUUAAAAUGGGUUAGCAUAAAAGGAAGCCAAAAUGACUACGACAUUGUAUUUAAUCAGAAUCCGAAUCCUCUUUAUUUGCCAAGUAUGUCCAAAAAACACACAAGGAAUUUGUUUCCGGUCGUCGGAGCCGCUCCGGUACGACGACAGACGGACGGUCAAUUGACGGAGAACGCUUUGGAGACAGAAAAAAAAAAAAAAACAGUCCCUGAGCAAUAAAGGGUUGCUCGUUAUCUGGUAAUGCCGGUACGUUUUUUUGUAAUUUUUUCCUUUAUUUAGUUAUUUAUUUUGACAAUUUGUGCAAAAAGAUGCCGAUUCCUCGAGCACUGAGAGCAGUUGGAAUGACUCCUAUUGCAAAAGUCCGGCGCAACGAGCGUUGCGGAAAGGGCGCCGAGACUUCAAGGAGCGGAUGCGGUUUCAAGUGACGAGCGCUGCGAUAAUAUACUAGUUACAACAUCAAGCGGGAAGACACACAACCCAGCUUCUUCCUCAGCCAAACAAGAGUCACAUGUGUUCUGUUCUGAAGGCAAGACUUGAAAUGUCACAGUAAUCUGCCGAGGGAACGUUUCUUGCCUUGUGGACUUGCGAUCGAACCGCUUUCUUUUCCCCACAGGUGCCAUCUGACGCAAACCGAAGCAAAAGGCGACUCACGCAUGAAUCCGACAACUGUUCUAGCGCUUGUAGAUUCAUUGAUACUAUCGCAGUUUAGAAGAAAACAAAAAAGUUUUGUACGUAGGUCAUGUGCAGUUGAAGAGCGCUGCCAAUCAUGUGACGAUAGAAGAUCAAAUGUGUGCUCAUGGACACAUUCGUUGUGUCUUGUAAAAAGAAAAAGAAGAUCAGAGAGAAACGGGAUCUUGAUCUUUUCGUCUUGCGCUUAAAAGGCCAAUUGUUCGUUUGUUGGUUUUCGCACGCAGGCGUCCAAACUCAGAGCAACGGACUAAUUCAUAAGCAGCGGCAUAUGGUGACAAGUUCCUGAUAUUCCAUUUGUCAUGUUUCAGUGAUUAGUAUUUGUUCAAAAGGCUGUGCAAAUGAAACCAACAUGUGCCAUAAACACACGUACUCCGUAGCCCACGCUGGUUUCGAUUCGACGGUUUUCUAGGAUCGUCGACACACCGGCACAUAUCGACGUAAGGAUUUCUGGAGAAGCACGCGUCGCCAAUCGAAGCACGGAUCGCGUCAUCGGCACGAGCAUAAAUACCGUACCGCUUCGUGUCUUCGCCACCCGUGCUACAAACGACAAACAAAUUCCGGCGUCGCCGCGGCCUUUGCUGCAGUCGCCGCUCGAUAAAAGCUUUGCGAGUUGUGCGUUUUUCUGCCCGGCCGUGACGAAAAAGGGAAUGUACGUCGGGUUCAAAGUCGGCGGUUUUUGCGCGCAGAACGCGCGGCGCCGUUUUGUUCGCGUCACAGGCAAAUGAUGUGGAUGAUUCCUCAGCGUUCUUGAGAUUUCAAAACGGGACAAAAAUGUUCUCGGCAAAUCGCCUUUCUUCAGUUUCAAUGAAGGUAUGAGCUGUUUUUGUCCUUCUACUGUAGAUUCAAUGUACGAUUCAAAACGUUUUGGUGUCAGUGCAAAUCGAUUCUCACUCAAAUGAAAUCUAACAAAGUUCAAUGGUUUACUUGUUUUCGUGAUGGAGGCAUUUUGUGGUUGAAUAUGCUCAGACGGGUGGGUGUUUUUGAGGGAAUUCAAUAACAGUACAUUUGAGAAUUGAUCGUUUGGAGAGCUUUGUGAACUCAACGAUAACAUCUGUAUCCGCUCGAAUCUGUUUUUCGGGGCGUGCGGCCUGAUCCCUUUUUUGGGGUUCGGUCCCUCGAACGUGCAGUUAAUCCGAAAUUCAUAUUUCAAAUAGUGUCGUUUUCCGGGAGCAACCGGCCUACCGGUUGGUGCGAAACCCGAAAAGCGUUUCGCAGCUUUUCCACGACACGGUGAAAGCGGCAGGAGCUCGCUCAGCCCUUCUCGUCUCGCUUUGCGCCGGCCGUGCCGCACUUUCAAAUAUUACAGCUGCUGUAAUGUUGCCGCUUCGAACGCCUCAAUUAGAACGAUACGGGCGAACAAACAACUCUGGAGGAGGACGAGGCUCUCUUGCUCUUAGCGCAAGGUCUUAGGGGACCACGUUUUUGCCAAAUGAAAAGCGCUGCUAACGAGUAGAGCUGUGCCAAGCUGCAUAUUUUAUGUGCAGUAGAGAGGUGCCGUUUGUUUUCCGGAGAAAUGUUUCCAAGUGGAAAAGGGCUGUUUGUUUGCCGGGGAAGUAUUUCCAACCCAUUCCCUGCCUCAACUUCAGGGUUUCAUUUAGACGGGGCAAACGCUUAAUGGACACAGAUGGAUUGCGCAGUGGCCCUUUAAUAGCGACUGUAUUUUUGUCAAUGGCGCAUCUACGGCGGGUGCAAUUUCUGGCGUAUCCCGAUUUUUGUGCGAGCGCAAAGCUCGCUGCGCAUGUCCAAUUUGGCAGACCGAUCUGCGACGAGCCGGACAUUUCGGCGCGACGAGGGUGUGUCUUUUGGCAAUUUGGUGGCAGAAAGCCGGUCUAAACGUAAAGUCCUGCCGGGACCGGGUCUUAGCCCGGCACAGUAGGGAGACCGGCUGGCCUAAUACGAGUUUGGCGAAUUGGAUCGGGGCGCGGGCAACACAUUCGCAAGCACGGCGGACGUGCGGUAGAUGUCCGACGUAAUCCAUUCAUUGAACGCUUUAUUAUUAUCCGCAUCAUUGUUUUUUAAAUCGUGCCACUGGCCGGUACGCAGCUAACAAUCGGGGCGGGGAUAGAGACACGAUCUCCGUGAACAUAUUUAAGUUGCCAACGAUCACCGGCAGCUCGUUGUGUACUUAAUCGGCGUAGCCGCUCGCCUUGCCUGUUGCCCCGGCGGCCAAGAGCAGUGACGAUGCGUCGUCCUACGCACAGAGACCGUCAUCGCGCGGCCUUUCGAGGGAAUGAGAGGAGCCGCUUCGAUUGGGCACGAUUGAAGGAGUCACUCGCAAGAAGUUUCGACAACGCCAGAUGCCCUUCCGAAUGCAACCCAACCGUUUUUUUGUAUCCGGACUCGGGCACAGCAGCGGCGGGAAAUCGAACCCGCCUGCGGCGGCGCGGGAACGCCUUCCUACAGAGCGUCAUUGAGGCAAAUGUCGUCCUCGUCGUCUCUCGGCAGAUGAGGACCGGCAGACUCGCGUGCCGACGGUUUGGGGCGGAAGGGAUGACGGGGGCCCAGAUGGAAAUCGUGUCGCGGGAACACACGCGUCGCAGCCACAAUGUGAUUGGAAAAGGUUCAGAUGCGGAGGAAGGCCCAAACGAAAGCGGGAAAUCCGUUUCGAGCGACUCGACGUGCUUACGUUGAUCGAUUGUGCCGCAAAAUGUUCACGUGAGCUGUAUGGAACAUUCCAUAGGUGAACUGAUGAAUUCUUAACAAGUGAGAAAAUGAUGUCAUCUUUGAAAGGCUCUGUUAUCAAUGAUAAAGAUUAUUGCUUUCAAACCUGUCAAUGAGUGUUUUUAGGAGCAGCCUUCGUCAUGAAAAUAUGGAAGGACUUUCAUAUGUAAUUAAAAUCCAUCAUAUAGCAACUCAGAGCCGACAAGAAAAAAAAAAAAGAAAUCGACACAGGGAGAGCCAUUAUGGUCAAGUCCUUGGAGCACAAUUUCAAAAUCGGAUCCUUUUGCGGAAAUCUUGGAGUCCUCUGAGCCUCGUUUAUCAAAGAGCGCGUAAAACAGAUUCGCACGGCUGAAAUGUUGAAGGUGUGUUCGUGCGAAAAUAAUCACAGCAGUAAGUCAUCAGUGUUGAUUCAUCCCACCUGUGGUACAGUUCCACACUCGCGCGCGCUGAGCCUCAUUUGCAUUGAGAAACGCCUCCAAACGACCAUAUAUGGUAGCGGCGAUCCUUUUAAGAAAUCCGAAAUCACGGCAAAGACACUGAAGACAAAAAUGACGUGGGAGAAUGUAUCAGCGCUGCUGUGAAUUGGAGCCAAGAAAAGAAAUGGUCGUGGUCACGCUCGAUGCCAAAAGACGAGAAUGAUCUUUGAUUAACCGGAGUAGGGACAAGCAAGCGCUUUCACCUACGACUUCUCGGUGAUGACACGCAACGUCUAACCGAGAGACCAAGAUGAGAGAGGGUGUGGGAAAUAAGCAAGCGUGCUUAAUAAUCGUUGUUUGAUCAGGAUCCAUGUUGAUUUCGGCCGGUUUGUCACGAUUCGAGGCUUUUUGGUGUGUUGGCGUCAAACGAAAUCUUUUUUUUUUUUUUGCUGACUUUUUGCUCAGCAAAAAAAAAAAAAAAAAAAAAAAGAUUGUUUCAAAGAAGGCAAACAAGGCACGUGGAAGCAAACACUAAAUCAACAAAGUCCCAAAGACAAGGUUCAAAGUGACAAACCAACAUUGGGAAACGAAACAAACGGCUACAAAACAACAAGGCGACCGACGUGACGGCUCUCCGGAAAUACGACACGUGACGACGACGACGACGACGAUCUGACGCAGAACGAACAAACCGACGGGACAUGAACGUGAGACGCAGCGAAACUUGACAAAACACAAAACAAAGUCAAUCUCAUCAAAAGCGUUUUUGUAACGCAAUAAUCAACAAGUAUACGACAGUCGUGUCAAUGAGAGCAAGACUCGUGCGUAUGAGAGCGUUUGAGUUGUUGUGUGUGUGAAAGCAUCUGAACAGUAAGUGUGAGAGCUAGUCAUGUGAGAUGUUGAAAUCACAGUCCAAUCUGUGAUUUCAAUACACUUGCUUUUUGUUUUAAUCUGAUCAACAACUACAAAUGACUUUAUAUUGGACAACUACGUAAUGAGAUUUGGGCACAGAAGAAACAAAAUAGAUUUUGUAUUUUUUUUUUUAAAUGAAAAUGCACAUAAAUGAACACUGAUUUGUGUAAGUGUGACGGAAUUAGCAUCGCGCUACUUUACACUUGUGGUCCCUAAAAAACAGACAAGACCUAUCAACAAGUACAUAAAAUCCUUCAAUACAUUUCACAUGAAAUGAGUGCCUCACUUCUAAAGUGCAAGUGGGCAAGUGCUUUCAUGUGUUUGGGAAGUGCUAGUUUCUUGGAAUUAUUGAGAAAUAAGUCACUUAAAGUACAUUUGCGGGAGAGUCGGGAAGUGGAACGAUCAAAGCGCUGAAGAAGAUUCCUUCGCUCGCUCGUUCACGUUGAAGGUUUCCCGUAGGUUUUCCCUCCAAAUUUCCUUAAAAGCGCCAGUUGACUCAAGAUCAGCGGCAGAGGAUGCGACGAUGCAAUUACAGUCACGAGAAGGGCAUACCGUACUUGACGUUUUUCAAACAUGUCUACAAUAACUUCCAAAGCAUUUCAUUAUUGACGCAUCAUAAAAAAGCGAUUGAAGAGGCAGUGGACCUUCAAGAAAGCUUCUUUCAUGGAUCUAAUAAAGUGUCAAGUCAUUCUUCCUGCAGGACAAAGGCCAACUGUCCUCUCGUGACCCUUUGAGACCAGGACACACGCGACCUCCGUGCGCCGCCGGCGGGCGUACUUUCGAGUUUGUCCCCCUGCUACCCGAUCGAGCGCGGAAGAUGUGCUGUGCGCCCUCGUGACGACACUCAAGGGCAACUUGCAGUUGUCCUUCCUCUGCCUUCCUCCACGCCUCCUCGAGAUCAAAUGAGGAGUGGUUGAGGAGCCAAGAUCCAGCCAGCUGACUGAGCACACGCAGACUCAGCCAUUAAGUGGACGGAAGAGGAUGAGAGCGCUUCUGGGGAACAGAUCCGGAGCUUGAAUCCCGCCUGACGAGGCAAGCCGCUGUCGGAGAUGACCGAGCUGUCGCUUCACCGACGGCCUCCAUCCAAUUUGAGGAAUUCAUCUCCGCUGUGACGGGACAGCGGGGACAUUUGAACUGAGAAGUUCGGAUUGUGGAUCGUUUCUACUUCAGCAAGGAACAAAGGGAAUUAGAAAGAGGCCCUUUGUGGUUGUUUGCAUUGUGAUCAAUAUUGGAAACUCAGCCGGACACAACAAGUUUUAGGCAUUCACGUCAAAUACCCAAUCAAACGCCAGGAUGAAGAAGACCUUUUACUAUUUGGGCUUCCUCCUGCUGGGCCUUCAUUUCCUAACAGCCAGCGGGCAGCUGGAACCCCAAAAACAAAUGCCCCCCGACCCUCUUGCUGCCACGCAAAGACGCGGGCUAGCCGAGCGGGACGUGCCGGGUCCGGUGCGGCCCAACAUCAGCACGCCACGCCGUCGAUUGCCCCCCAUGUGCAGUGCGCCCACAGAAAUCCGUGACACAUUCAAAUACAUCAACACGGUGGUGUCUUGCCUCGUGUUUGUGGUGGGCAUCAUUGGAAACUCCACACUUUUACGGAUCAUCUAUAACAAUAAAUACAUGCGCAACGGGCCAAACAUCCUCAUCGCCAGCCUGGCUCUUGGAGACCUGCUACACAUCGUCAUUGGCAUUCCCAUAAACGUUUACAAGCUCCUCGCAGAGGAUUGGCCCUUCGGGGUGGCUCUGUGCAAGCUGGUGCCGUUUGUCCAGAAAGCCUCGGUGGGGAUCACAGUGCUGAGUCUGUGUGCGCUGAGUAUUGACAGGUAUCGCGCCGUGACCUCGUGGAGCCGAAUCAAAGGGAUCGGCGUUCCCAAGUGGAUGGCUAUCGAAAUUGCACUCAUCUGGAUAUUAUCCAUCGUGCUGGCUGCGCCCGAGGCCGUGGCUUUUGACAUGAUCACCAUGGACUACAAAGGAGAGCACUUGAGGAUCUGUUUGUUGCACCCCAUGCAGAAAACAGACCUUAUGAGGUUUUAUAAAGCGGUGAAGGACUGGUGGCUCUUCAGUGCAUAUUUCUGCCUGCCGUUGGCCUGCACUGCCAUUUUCUACACUCUGAUGACCUGUGAGAUGCUGAGGAAGAAGAACGGCGUUCAAAUUGCUCUCAGUGACCACCUCAAACAGCGACGGGAGGUUGCAAAGACUGUGUUCUGUCUGGUUCUGGUCUUCGCUCUGUGCUGGCUCCCCCUCCACCUCAGCCGCAUUCUAAAACUCACCAUCUACAACGAGAAAGAUCCAAACCGCUGCGAGCUGCUCAGCUUCUUUUUAGUCUUAGACUACAUUGGCAUCAACAUGGCGUCUGUCAACUCCUGCAUCAACCCCAUCGCCCUCUACAUGGUCAGCAAGCGAUUCAAAAAUUGCUUCAGGUCCUGCCUGUGCUGCUGGUGCCUUCCAGCGGAGGUGCCGAUGACGGACGACAAGCAGUCGUGCGUGAAGCUGAAGGUGACCGAAAGAGCUUCCGACCAGAGCAACUCUCGCGUGACCAACAAGUCCACCGCGGCCUGAAUUCCGGAAGCUACUCCCAAAAACGAGGUCAGAAGAACGACAAGGCGGACGUGACUUUUCUGGCUCUCAGCCUGGGUGACGACAACGACAGCAUUGCGUGGAUUGACAGUGUGAGGUUACGUUUGUGCCACGAUGUUGCUUCCUUUCAGCUUCUGACUGUACUACUGAUGUACUAUUACGGUGUUAAGAACUUUCAGCUGUUUUAUUCUCGUGUUUGAUAUUAUUGAGCCUCCUCUUUUCAUGUUUUAUCUCCACAUUUCAGUCUGCUUAAUUUCCGUUAAGUGCAUGGGACAGGUGGUCAAAGGGUCCCUAUUCCUUCAAAUAAACAUAGUAUAGGUAGCUGUACACGGGUCACUUUUAUAUCAUUUGAUUAAUAACGGUAAGGUAACAUGGUCCACUUCAUUUCAUUUUGAAAAUCAAUUCAUGUCCGGGCGGCAUUCGAGUUUUUGAAUGAUUGGCAGUUGUUAUCCAUCAAAAGUUCCGAAUUCAUAAUAUUGUUCGUGCUGCGCAAAUGUCUUGACCGUUAGGUGUCUGAAAUAAACUUCCAUGAUUUGGUGAACGGCCGGUUCGAGCAGUUCUGAGGACCGGGGUUGCAUGUUCUCCCCGUGCCCGCGUGGCUUUUCUGCGGGCACUCCGCUUUCCUCCCACAUCCCGAAAACAUGCAUUCAUUGGAGACGCUAAAUUGCCCGUAAGUGUGAAUGUGAGUGCGAAUGGUCGUUUGUUCGUAUGUGCCCUGCGAUUGGCCGGCGACCGGUUCAGGGCGGACCCCGCCUCCUGCCCGAUGACGGCCGGGAGAGGCUCCGGCGCGAAUGGAUGCAUGGAUGGGUUGGCAACAUGUUUUCUGAAGAUGCUACUGACAUUUUUGGAUCACUUAAUUGAGCUUUUCCAUGAGAACUAAGAGCAACGCAAUUUUGGUUCUUUGUCAUUCAAGUUGUCUUUCGCGUUAACGCUUCAGGCCGAUGUCGCAAUACACCGGAGGGAUCUGUGAUGAGGCAGCCAUUUUGCAUUCACGCAAUAGCAGACAGCAAAAUAAAUGCUAUUUCUGAGCCAUGAAUGAAUAUGUACGAAUUUGGGAAAGUGUCGCAACUAUUGCUUGUCUUGACCGUUACUACGAUUGUGUAAAGACAAGGGUGCCAUGGCUUUGAUGAGUAGUUUGGAUCCUUUAUGCACUUGCCGUUGGUGUCUUUACGGCACUUUUGUCUUUAGCGUUAUAAAAAGAAGUGCAUUUCAACGGGCCACCGCCGUUUGCUGUCAAUCGGGAUUGCCUUUGCUAUCGAUGCCGAAAAUUGGAACUCAUCAAAAACAUUUUGAAAGUGGGACUUUUAAGCGCGGCUGUUUCAGCAUGCGAGAAAAUUGACCAAAUUAUAUAUCAAUGACCCAUACAUGUGUGUGUGUGUGUGUGUGUGUGUGUGUGUAUACAUAUAUAUAUAUAUAUAUAUAUAUAUAUAUAUAUAGUAUGUGUGUGUGUGUGUUAAAGUAGUCCGCUCGUGUAGACGGUAGCCUGAUUGCUGCUGAUAAAUGUUUCAGCGUUGUCUGUUAUUGUGUCCGAGCGAACGCGUUUGUGUGUGAUUGACUUAAGUGUGAAGGCAGGCCUCAUCAUAUGAUGAGCAGGCGAACACAGAACCUUAUUGUCAUCUCCCUAUCUUCCUCUCACUUGUCAAUUACACGCGCGCACGCAGAUCUUUGCAGCUUUGACUUGGGAAUGUUCCCGCAGGCUAAUCCAGUGUCACGCAUGUCACAUGAACAGCCGCAGAGCCAAAGAAGCUCUCGGUCCUGUGAUCGCUCGGCAGCCCUCCCCCUUCUUUUCUUUUACCUUUUACAGGCCGAACUCUUGGCAUUCCCAAAAAGUCAUAGAAUAGUUCAUAUAAAUAACAGAAAGUUGUUGUUUCUCCCUUUGUUUUAAUGCAAUGCAAUCGCGGGGGGGGGGGGAAAUACAUAUUUGAUCAACUCUUUUUUUCAUACAAAAACCGAAUUUGCUUCACCUUCUCAUUUACAUGUGUAGAAUAUAACUGCCGAUUGUAUGUAUCUAAAGGCACAAAACUCUAAGUCGCGUGUAUUUUGGAGGGACAAAUUUAGUAUUGUACUUUAAAAUGAAAUGAAUCCAGGAAUAAUUUUAACCCCACUUUUCCAAAACAGGGACAACAUCUUGUUGUUACGAUCUGUUCCACGUGCGCCCCAAAUGUGAUGCUAAUCUGGGCUACGGAAUCACAAUCACAAUCAUCUUUAUUUGCCAAGUAUGUCCAAAAAACACACAAGGAAUUUGUUUCCGGUCGUCGGAGCCGCUCGAGGACGACAACAGAAAGUCAAUUGACAGAGAACGCUUUGGAGACAGAAAAAAAAAAAAAAAAAAAACAGUCCCUGAACAAUAAAGGGUUGCUCGUUAUCUGGUAACGCUGGUACAUUUUUGAUUUUUUUCUCUCUCUCCAAUUGUGCAAAAAGAUGCAGAGUCCUCUAGCACUUCGAGCACCAAUAUUGCAAUAUUACAUUUGCAAUAAGAAAACAACAUUUGAUAUGAUGCACUUCAUUUUGAUUUCGACAAUGUCACGUAACCAUAUGUGGAGUAUUCAUACAUUGUCGUCUGUGGGUUUAUAAAUGCAAGUAUGAUUGAAAAAAAGCUGGAAAACAAUUCCAUCGGGGAUCAAUUCUGGGCAAAUGUAUGUGUGACGUAUUUUAGGAUAUGUUGGCAAAAGUAUGCAAAUCGUGUCAACGUGGGUAGGUCUCAAUAGUUGUUGUUUUAAGAGCAUACAUUAUUGCUGUACGUUGCUAUGAUAAUAAACGUGAAUGAAUUCAUA